AUGACAAGUCUCAGUGCUCUGAGGGCUCGUCUGGCUGCAAUCCAGGUAUUCGCGGCGGAGAGAUCGGUCACUUCAACACUUCCUACCUUAAGUCCGACCGGGAACCUUCUUGCCGGUGCAUCGACACGAGUAGCCGUCGGAUUCAUCUUGAACCCCGUGUCGGUUCUGAAAGCGCGUUACGAGUCCUCACUACACCAGUUGCCGAGUCUCCCUGCGGCUCUGGCGGCCUUGGCGAGAGCUGGACCUAGGGAACUUACGCGUGGCUUCUGGGCGAGCAGUCUGAGGGAUGCACCGUACGCGGGACUCUUUGUGCUGAGCUACGAGGGUGCGAAGAGAUGGGCUGGGAAGGGUGGAAACGCAGGGGUGCUUCCGGGAUGGGCAGUACACACGGCCAGUGCUGCUGCGGCGGGGACCGUAGCAACACUUGCAACACACCCUUUCGAUGUCAUCAAGACCAAGAUUCAAGUGAGAAGCGAGGCGCAGUUCAGAGGCUUUGUACCCACAGUACGAGCCGUCUUCCAGACGCGCGGUGUACCAGGGUUCUUCGACGGUGCUGGCCUGCGCCUUACACGCAAGGUCCUCAGCUCUGCGAUCGGUUGGGGCGUAUACGAGGGCGUUCUUGUAUUCAGGAGUAGAUUAUGA